AUGCUACGACUUGACAAGGCAGUCCCCUCUCCAGCAUGGAAGUCACGACAGAAACCCCGCAUGGCUGUGGAAAUACCUCGGACCCAGAGGAAGACAGAGGCUCAGAUACCGAUUUUGAACCUUCAAAGCUCGGAACGAAAGAAUAUGACUGUCCUUUUCUGCAGUUGGGAAGAUGCAUACCAAAAAGAACUUGAGACAUUCAAAGACACUGGGGAUGUUGGUGAGAUAUGGUUUGGUGAGGAGAGCAUGAGCCGUGUGCUGCGAUGGAUGGACAAAGCUAAGAUCCCAAAAAAUGCUGCCAUUCUUGACAUUGGCACUGGAAAUGGAGCCUUUUUAGUUGAACUGGCUAAACACGGAUACAGGAAUCUGACUGGUAUAGAUUAUUCUCCAGCAUCUGUAGACUUGGCCAGAAAUGUUCUGCAGGCACAGGACUUGACGGAUGUCACUGUAAAGGAGAUGGAUUUCUUAAACUGUCAAGGGGAGCUAAAGGGUUUUGAUGUCUGCAUUGACAAAGGAACAUUCGAUGCAAUAAGCUUAAACCCAGACAACACCACGGAGGGCAAAAAACUCUAUGUUCAAGCUCUGAAAGAUGCUCUUAAGGACAAAGGAUUAUUUGUUUUCACUUCCUGUAACUGGACAAAAGAGCAGCUGCUCAACAGAUUCAGUGAAGGAUUUGAGUUUGUACAGGAGUUGCCUACACCGAAUUUCCAAUUUGGAGGCAAGACGGGCAACAGUGUGACAGCACUCAUCUUCAAGCGAGCACAUUGAUUCACAUUUCCUCAGAGGAUAUUUGUCUUUCUUUGUCCCAUCAAUUCUGCUGUUUUUUUUUCUAUUUAUCACAGGAAAUUUUAUCUGUGCAGUUUGAGACCUUUUUUAUAUGGUAUUCAUUUAAAAAACGAUGUGUAAUGAACCAGAUAUGCCGUGUAAUUGAGUGACAUAGUUCUCUUGAAAUAAAUAAAUCAGUUUUUGUUUUGUUGCUGUCGUAUUAACUUCACAUUGAUCCACAGUGCUAUAGGCACCUGUUGAAUAUAUUUAUAUGAAAUUGUUCUGUAAUAUUUGUAAUACAUUUACACAGACAAUUAACAAGAUUGUUUCAAUUGAUUCAAUUUCAGUUUUAAGGUUCUUUACAUAUAUUAAGAAUGGUGCUUCACGUUGGAAUGUCCUGAGCAGGAUCUUGUGUAAUAUUUAAGAAAUAGUACUGAAGUCAUUUUCUGUAAAUGUUUCAAUGCAUACAUAGGAAUAUCUGUUAACUCCUGUAUUUUCUGUGGAUUACAAAACACAGCCAUAAUCUAUCGCUGAAGAUUAAUCUCACAUUGGAGGCGUUUUAAAAUUGCAUAAUGUGAACUAGUUUAAAAAGCUCAUACACAGGUAACAUACAAUUAGAUUUAGGAUAAUAUUUCACACAAAACCUUUUAGCUCUGAUUAACAUAAGUUCUCUCUCGCCCUUGAUGUAAUGAAGUUUCCCAUGUGUUGUGGCAUCAAGAGCCUUUCAUAUGUGAACUCUUCACCCAUGUGCACCCACUGAUGAUUGUUUGACUGUAAUAUUACUUUCUUGAGGCUAUUUGUACUAAGAGUUCAGCUAGACAAGUGUUUGUUUAAGUAGUUAUCACAGGCCUGGGGGCUUAAAUGUAUUCUGUAUUCCUUUAAAAGGGGCUCCAAGAGAAAAAAGAUACACAAUAAUUUGUACUGAACAAUUUUCCCUAUUCCAUAAAUCAUUUUAUAGCCCCUCAAAUUACUUGGCAAGGACCCUGUUGAGAGACCUGACCCACAGUUUGAAAACCACUGUUCUGUCUUACCAGGUAGUUAAUUGCAUCCAUCUUUCAUGUAAAAAAUAGCCCGUACCCAAUUGGCUAAACUGGAAACCAGCAGAGCUUGGGGUCCUGAGGACCAUGAUUAAGAACCUCUGACAUAAUGAAUAAACAAGAGGCCAUGGCUUGUGGGGAAGAGAAGCCUGUCUGCCAUUUAUUUUCUCAAUGGCAUCAUUACUAACUGCCAAACUCUGGAUUCUAAUUGCAAGCUGGGCCAGUGGUCCAAUGGGAGCCAUCGAUGUUGAGGCACGCUGUUGAGUAAACACAUGGAAGCUUUACAAGAAUUACUGCCUGGAAUUUUACAAGGCUCUGGAUAUCCUGCCUGGAUGUGGAUAUUUUGCCCACGUUUACAACUCUCACACAGAUUUUCCCAUGAAGUGAAAUCUCCAUUGAGCUCAACCUCGAAUGAAUAUCCUUUCAUUUACCUUUGUCAACGGUCACUCUCAGUGUCUUUAAAACAUCUCGUCAGGCAGCUCUUUCACUGUUUUUCAUUGUGUCAUAGUGUCAUUAGAUUUAAAUAUGUAUUGAAGUUACCUCCUUUAAUAUACUGUAGCCCACUCAUUUCCUGUGGACAGGUGCUGUUGCUAAGAAACUGACUACACCACAGUCCUGUUUGCAAAGUAAAGUCAUGAGUUUUUUCAGUUUUGUGGAUCCUGCACUGUUACAGUGAUUCAAUUAUCAUUCAGAAAAAUCUUUACUUUUAGAGAAGUUGAACAUAUUAUUUAUGAAGAGCUUACAAAGUAAUUAAGUACUGAUUGAGUCCUGUAGGUAUUAAUAUGCAAAAAAUGUUUGAGUAACAUGCUGCUGUCACUGUAUGCUGACAAUUAAAUGUAUGUGUGUGUGUUAUUUUGAAA